GACCCUGAAAAGAACUCCAACUCCGACAGAAAAAAUUACCAACGGAAAAACAAAAGAACUCUGAAAAAGAAAAUAAUGUCAAGAACCAAAAACAUCAAUGACUUCUGGAGAAAAACUGACCCUAGUAUUUGCACUAAUUGCAAUUAUCCUAGGUUACCUGGUCAUGAUUGCUUAUUCAAUUCAAGCAAUCCUAAUGCACUUAAACGAUUUAUAAAAAAUCAAAGAACGAAAGAAACAAUCAGCCCUGAAAUGACACUCGAAGAAAAAUUUAGAAUUUGA